AUGCUGCUUCAGCAGUUCCUGACAGAGCACUCCGUCAGUGUUGCCCGUCUUUGCGCUGGUAUGCGCCGAGCUAGACCCAACAUGGUCCCCACCCCGCGCCACUACGCCCUCCUCUACGAUUUGCUCUACGAGGCAGGCAUCGGAGGACAGUCGCUUAUUGAUCUGAAUGUUCGAUCGGGGCUCAAAUCGGAGGCCCGUCACCGUGGAACCCCCGAUACUCAACCAUCGCCUUUUAAUUUCAUCACCCUCAAUGCGCCAGCUUACGUCACGCGAAGCUCCGCAGUUCUGCAACAGGAAUAA